CCGCAUAUGCCGAGAAUGAUGGUGCGGCCCGCGAUACUCGAGUGCCUUAGUCUGAGACUCUGACCAACCAGAACCCGCCAACCAGAGCCUCUGCCAAGAACUGACGAAAAGCCCAAACCUUCACGGUCCCUCAGCUCUCUCGCGACCUGACGAUCCCUCCAUCAAUCAGGCUGACAUUUUUGAACGAGUCCUGAUAUUAUCAAUUGCUACCUCCUAUUCCCCCUUUGCCUUUGCCUUGAUCCGUAAUUCUACUACUCGUCUUUCAGAAAAACUCCCUUGACAUCGAGCCACAAGAUCCCUAUUCCUUGAGGAGCCCAUAAUCUAGCUUGUCAUCACCCCACCCCACCCGCAAAGACGGUGGAAGAUGUCAUAUAACUCCGCAAGCUAUUGGAGCAGCUCUAGGGGCUCGGAUGAUCCAUUCGAAAAAUACAAAUCCCAACGAAGCGCUCAAAGUGGGCUUCCGGGCUUCAGAUCGCGAAAGAAAGGUCAGACCGCGAGGCUCUUGAGGCUUGUAGCUUUCGUGUUUGUCUUUGGUGUGCUCCUGACUAUUUACUGGCAGUCCAAUGGUGUCUAUUCCGCCCCCGGAUCAGCUUCCCAUGUAAAACCGGCACCUGUUGGAAGACCACCAAAGCCGAAACCAUCCAAGGAUACGAGACAGAUAGGCAAAGAGAAGGCUACGUUGGUGAUGCUUGUUCGGUAUUCUAUCUCCGAAUUUUCCGUUGAAUAAUUUUAUUCACAUUCAGCUGAUCUUCCCAUCAUUCUUCGGCACAGAAAUUCAGAGCUCAAAGAUGCUCUAGGCUCUAUGAAACAGAUCGAGGAUCGGUUCAAUCGCCACUAUCAGUACCCUUGGACCUUCCUUAACGAUGAACCCUUUACGGAGGAAUUUAAAACUCAUACCACUCGGAUGGCGUCAGGAACGACAGAGUAUGGGUUGAUUCCCAGAGAACAGUGGAGCACGCCGGAUUGGAUCUCUGAAGAUAAGUUCCAGGAAGUCAUUUCAAGAAUGUCGCAGGAGGGUGUGAUAUAUGGCGAUUCUCGGACCUAUCGACAUAUGUGUCGGUACAACUCUGGCUUUUUCUUCAGAGACAAGCUCCUAGCUAAAUACGACUGGUGAGUUACAUUCCGACGCACGUGGGUCUAUGCUCGCACCGGCCGGUAUAUGGCUUCCUAACCCACCUCUUGCUUACGGACGGGUGUCCGCAGGUAUUGGCGUGUGGAACCAAGCAUCGGGUUCUACUGCGAUAUGACCUAUGAUCCGUUCACCUUUAUGCGCGAAAAUGAGAAGAGGUAUUCAUUUGUGAUUGCGUUACCGGAGUAUCUGCCGACAGUUGAAACGCUGUGGAAGACAACUCAGGACUUCGCCAAGCUACAUCCGGAGCAUAUCGCAAGAAACAAUUCAUUGGGCUUCAUAGCUACUGAUCCCGACGAAGGGUGACACCCCCUGGCCUCUCCCCGCUCCCUCCACUUACCAUCACUGUGUGUCACUAACACCCCAUCAGAAUUCAAGAAACCGACUACAACCUAUGCCAUUUCUGGUCCAAUUUCGAAAUUGCGGACCUCAAUUUCUGGCGCGGAGAAGCAUACCAGAAGUACUUUGAAUUUCUUGAUAAAAAAGGGGGUUUCUACUAUGAAAGAUGGGGCGAUGCACCUGUUCACUCUAUAGCCGCUGCUCUGUUCCUUCCUAGGGAUCAGGUACACUUUUUCGGAGACGUCGGCUACGAACACGUUCCAUGGUACUACUCCCUUGCUUCAGACCCCUCCCCCUUCCUCUUACAAUUCACACAGCGGAUCUAACGGCCAAACAUUUAGGGGUCGAUGUCCGUUAGAUGACGAAAGUCAUGAUACUGCAAGAUGCAUUUGCCCUUUUGACCGCAAGGAGAGCUUCGACCACAAUCCGUGGAGUUGCCAAAACAAGUGGAACAAUUUUCUCGGUGGGUACCCGGUUUAACCUCAUGAACUUUGGAGCUGAUCUUUGCGUAGGACUACCCGAAAACCCUAUAUUCGAAUGAGCAGCCCAUUACCAUUACCAUUUCCCUUUUUCUUUUCUGUCUUAAUGGAGCACCCCUUUCCGCCAGGAGGAAUCGUCGUUUAUAGUAGCUCAACACAUUGUUUUAUCUUAGUUUCCUAGUUUUUUUCCUUUCAUUUCUUCAUAAAACGGCGUUAGCUAGUGGGGGGAGCGGGAUCGUGGGAAAGUCAAACACGCAUACAUCGCACGAAACAAGUGACCAAAGAACGACAAGCUGAUAUGAAAAAAACAAAAACAUGGUCUUACUCACCAUACUCAAGCCCCCUCUCUCGUGCCAUCGACAACGAAGAAACCCCCCUCCUUCCUCGUUGCCAACUGCAUAGCAUUCCACUUCACCUCCCCCUUACCCCCUCCAUCCCCUCCCGCCUGCAAAUCCUUCAAACAAAUAACUCCCUCCCCACCGCCAACCUCAUCCCGUAUCCCCCUCAGCGGUUCCACCCCCUCCGUAUCCACCGCCGCAAGAGCCCGCACGAAGUGUAAGUGAUCGCGCAAGUCCGCCUCAUCAUUAGCACCCAUGGGUAAUGCCGAAAGGCGGUGCAGGUGAGCGAUGGUGGCCCGUGGCACGGUUCCCUCCGUGGCCGUUGUAGGGGUGGAGGCGAAGUCUGGAAGGAGGGCACGUACGGACCAGGCGGGGGGUUUCAGGAAUUUCAUUUCGCUUC